AUGCUUAAGGAAGAUUAUGGUUACCCAGAUACUCUUGACUUUAGUGACAGAUAUAAAGAAGCUAUUAGAAAGUUCAAGGAAGGAAAUACUGACCCGAACCUAUUUAGCUUUAUGGUUCAGCAUCAAAUCGGAUAUAAUCUCAAACCUGGAAAAUACAAGCUCGCUAAGGGAUAUGAUUUAAUAGCAUAUCAUCCAAAUGACAUGGAUGAAUUUACUCCGAGAUAUUUGAUGUCAGAGCUAAAUGAUAAUUCAACUCUCUUCAUGAAACGCGUAAAAAAUCGAGACGGAACGAAAGAAGAAAGGUUUAUGAGUCCGGAUGACUUAGAUAGGGAACUUGUUAAAAACGGUCUCGGAAUAUAUGAAAUGCCAGCAGAUGAGGUACAAGAAACUCAACAGGAAGAAGUUCAGAUACAACCAGACAUGGAAGAAAUAGUUCAGCAACAACAGCUAGAAGAGCCUGAAGGAAACAAACAAGUCCCUCCUUUGGAAACUAACUUCACAGAACUAGAUGAAGAUUUGGAACAGCCGAAAAAUCUUGACCCUCAACAAGAGUAUGAGGAGAAUAUGGAAUCUUUCCAAGAGUCUAAGAAAAAUUCGGCUGACAUAGUAGAAGAAUAUCGAAAAAUGUUCACCGACAUACAAAAGACUCCAACAUCAGAUGAAAAUAUUCAGCAUAGAAUGGAAGUACUGAAAGAAAAUGUACGCAAAUACAAUAAUCCUUUUUACUUACGACCAUAUAACGUUCAAUCUUUGGCUGAACUCGGUGAAAAUAAAAGGUUAAAUUUCAACAAAACAUAUAGAAAUGAAACAUUGUUUAAAGUUCAUUCAGAACCUAACCAAUAUGGAAACAAACCUAUUGUACAUGACCUUGCAAACGAAAGUUUGCAAAAUGUCAUAAAAACUUACUUUGCAGACAAUGAAAUGAGAAGGGAUGAAUAUUUAAGAAAACUCAAAUGGACAGUACCAAAUGAAAUGUUAGUAUUGAAAAACAUGUUCCAUGACAAAAUAAAACCAACUACAGAAAUAAAUGACGCAAGACUGAAACGUUGGGUAAAAGCUUUCCCAUUCACAAAAGAUAUUAUUGGUUACAUGGAAAGAAAACCAGAAUGGCUACAAAAACAUAUAUUUGGAAACGAGCUUAUUCCAUAUGGACAAGCUCUGUUUGAAGAGCUUGAACCAGAAACUCAGGAAAGAGUCAUGCAAACAAUACGCGAAGACUCAAAUACAAACUAUGACAAAAUCUUUCUAGGAUAUAGGUUACCUGAGAUGGGCGACCAGAGCCCAAAGGCAAAAAGGACAUGGGAAAUUUACAACAUACUAGGUGAACAUGAGGCAAAGAUGCAACAACUUGAAGCAGAGGGCAAGUUACCAAAAGCGACACCAAAGAAGAAGAGAAGAGUAGAACAAAGUGAAAGUAGUGAAGAAGUAACUUCAUCUAGUGAAAGUAGUGGCAAUGAAGGAAAAAGAAGAGUUCAAAACUCAGUCAGGAAGAAAGUAAAGCUUGGUACGAGUGGGUUCUAUUAUGACACAUAA